AUGAAUGCAGUAGUAGUUCCAAAUCAAGACGAAGAGAAGCCAGUGCAAAAAGAAAAGGUGAUGUCCUACCAGGAAAAAUCAGUGGGUUCCACGCCAUUCUUCAAAUGCGAGGCCUGUCCAUACAUGGCUCUAGCUGAAGACGACAUAAAGUUCCAUUUAUUCACUGUACACCCCGAUUUAGCUAAGAGCAAUGGUCUGGCUGAUAACAUACAAAUAAACUGCCCUGGGUGCACAAGUCAUUUUGAUGCAGAAGAAUCACUAAGAUUACACCUCCGUAACCAUCACAAAAUGGGAAUAAAAGAUGUUAAGAAGAUGGUAAAAAGUUUAGUACAAAUUGCCUUGAAAAAUGCUAAACUAAAAAAGGAUGUACCUCCGACAGGGUCAGGGCCACCCACUGCACAGAAUACAGUCAAAAUACCACAGGUCAUAGAAAUUGUACCAGAUGUCUCUAGUACUAGCAGUGAGCAGUUGCCUAAAGGUGUUGCAUUCAUAUCUGUGGAAGAGUUAAACAAAAUGAGCACACCUAAUUUUGAGAAAAUAGACCCUAAAGAAGUCAUACAGGAAGCUAGUAUAAACAUUGUAUAUACAGAAGAUGUAGCCACACAAUUUGUAAAGGUCUCUAAGCCUAGUACCUCCACGGCGUCAUGUAAUGUCAUCCAAGUAUCUAGUGUGCCUCCGGAUCUAAUAUCAUCUAUACAUUGUACAAAGAUAACUGAUUCACCUAAACAAGAAUCAUCCACUGAUACCUUAAAACCAUACAAAUAUAAACCAAGAAAUACUGAUAGAGAGACCCUGGGAACAUUGUGCUCAAUCAACAAAUGUCAUAUACGGCUAAAAGACACAAACAUAUUAGCAUAUCACAAAAAGUGCCAUCAAAAUGGCCAAUUGAAAUGUCCUGAGUGUGGAAUUGUUCUAUUAACAGCUGAACAGUUACAUACACAUUUAUGGAAAACACAUUCUGUAGAUUUAGAGCUACCUAGCUGUGAUAUUUGCGGUUACAAAACAUUUAAGAGGCAUAGAUUGUUGAAUAUACAUAUGAAAUGUCAUAGGAAAUUAAGAGAAUAUUCAUGUUCAGUGUGUCAGAAGGCAUUUAAAAAUUCCAAUCAACUAUCCAAGCAUAUGAUGAUACACAAAAAGGAUAAUGCGACAGCCUGCAAUAUCUGUAAGAUAGAAUUGACAAACCAAAGGACAUUGAGGGAGCACAUUGACACAGUCCACAACAAGCUGAAACCAUUUAAAUGUAGUCAUUGUGACUACACAUGUGCGCGGAGGGAGGUGCUCAAAUUACACAUAAGGUCUCAUACAGGGGAUAAGCCUUACGCAUGUGAUGAAUGCUCCUAUCGGUCAGGCGAUAGAAACGCACUACGCCGACACAAACAAGGACAUACAAAAGAGGGCACAUACAAAUGUAAAUAUUGUCCAUACACUGCCAUACAAUCCACUGUCUUCGCGUUCCACGUGCUCUCGAAACACCCAGACAACUCAGACGAUGUUCACUGCUGUGCCUUUUGUCAAUUCAAAACUGUCAAUAAAGAUAAAUACUCGGUACACCUUAGUACCCAGCACGCUGAUAAACUUGAAAGCGAAAACAAUGAGGUGCAAUUAGUAGAUAUGACGAAAGAAAAUAGCAAAUGUUGGACUAUACCCAGUGCAAAAGAAGAAUCUAACAGCGUGCAGACGAGCAAGGCUAGUGAAAGCAAAGAUUCCAGCCCUAAAACGGUUAAUCCAAUCCCUUAUGAAGUCUUCGACUGCGACAGUCUUCCGGAUACUACGCCGCAGGAAUAUCCCAAGAACUAUUGUAUAACAUCAUCAAAUAGUGAAACACCAUCGAAUUAUAGCAACCAAGAUAUUGUCACCGAUUUGAGUAAAGACGACAAUAAUUCCGAUUAUUUAAUUUGUGAUAGUUCAAAUGUUCCACUUAUUGAUCGGCAUCAAUACAAUUCACAACAUCCGCUACAAAUGUCAUAUGAUAAGCCACAAUCAAAUCUUCAUUAUCUAAACAACACACUCUCAAUGGAGCAGAGCUUACGCCAAACUGGAAGUGUCGAUUUGCUUGCCUCCAAUCACUCGGCCAUAUCUAACAGCAUCAGCAAUAAUAUAAUGGCCAACUUUCCUAUCCGCUUACCUCCUGUGCCCGUUUCCAUGCUCAAUAAUAUAACCCUGAAACCUGCAGAUAAGAUAUCCCUACCGAUGACAAAAGUCAGCGGCCCUAUUAUAACGCCAACGCAGAAACUUCCCGUUCCAGCAUCUAGCCAUUCCCCUGUUAAUAUCUCAAGCGAUAAUGACAAUGACGGUGCUCCACGUAAGAAACCAAAAAUAUCAGUGAAAAGCAAUUUAAUACUCAAAGGGCCGGAUCAAGUGAAUAUGUUUCAUUCGCAACAGAAAAUGGCCUUCAAACAGUUGGAGGAUAACGCACGGUAUGGCUUAGGUGGCCCGGUGACGUUCAACAAUUUGAUAACAACACAGUUCAUGCAGCUCCCACCCGAACCGGCGUUAAGCGAUUCGCCUAAUAACAUAAUGAACUAUGCCCAAGAGAACAUGCUGGAUACAGUGACGACGCCAGUAGAGAGCGACAUAUCGAAUGAUCCUCAAAUAUUCUCCUUUAAUCAACAGAUGAACGUAAAUUCAAUGACGAUGCUUCCACCAAUUCAGAAGGUACAAACGAAUGAUCCAAGUUAUAUUAAAUUAGAGGCGACAAUAAAACAAAACACGCAGUCGCCGAGCCUAGAACGCAUGUGCAAUGCAAAUUUGAUGAACAAUCCAGGUUUAAGUAGAGAAUAUAAAGCCUCGCCCCCGUUAGAAGAUAUACAUAAGAACAUGAGCGAAAUCAAGAAUGAAGUUAAAUCUGACGCGUUUUACAAUAUACCGUUAAAUAACGCUGCGACUAAUCCGCCCUUAGAUCAGUACUUGAUAGACAAUUUGAUACCGGAGUAUUCUGGGCAUUUAGAUCUGUCUACCAUGGUCAUACCGGAAUUACCAGACCAGAAUGACGUCAUUGAGAUAGAUGAUAAUUCUGAUGAUAACAAACUAUUGCCGCGGUACGAUGUGAACUUUCCUCUAGAACCGUUCUACUUGAUGCACGACUUUCACUUCUUGGAGAACGAUAUCCAACCUAACAAUAGUUCGGAAAUGAAUGACAUUAACAGGAUGGUCGCUGAAGUGCCCCUCGUCAGUCAGAAAGAGAGCUUAGAUAUGCCAAACGAAGUUAACGCAGAUUUUCCAAACUACAUUCAAGGGAAGAAGGAUCCAAUGAUGAACACGUCAGUUCGACCGUCGACAAAUAAAAUAAACGUUAAGAAUAUAGAACUAAUGAAAAAUUGA